ACCCUUUCUUUUACUUUUCUUUAUUCUCUAUAAAAACCAAACAAAGCUUCAACCUUUGAACAAUUUCAAUUCAUUCUCUGAACUCUGAACUCUGCUUGAAAAUUGAAAUGGGAGGAAGAGGACAAACCAGUGGUAGCAGCAGCAAAUCAUGGCAGGAAGAAAUCUACUGGACCCAUUUCCAGUUCAUCCAUUUCAUUCUUUUUCUCCGCAAUGAUUUUCAGCAACAACUUGCACUUCCGAAAACAUUUUCUAACAAUGUAAAGAAGAAGUUGCCAGAAAAUGUGACCCUUAAGGGUCCAAGUGGAGUGCUGUGGAAUAUAGGGCUUUCUAUUAGAGAUGAUACUGUUUACUUUGAGGACGGUUGGCAACGAUUCGUGAAAGAUCAUUCUUUGAAAGAGAAUGAUUUUCUUCUCUUCAAGUAUAAUGGAGAAUCACUGUUUGAGGUUUUCAUUUUUGAGGGAGAAAGUAAUUGUGAGAAGGCAGCUGCAUAUUUUGUUGGAAAAUGUGAUAAUGUUAAAGCUGAUCAAGGAGGUAGCAAGGCGAAGGAUACAAACACUUCUGCUGAAGAAGUAAUUACUGCUUCUGAUGGUGGAGGUGGGUGCAGAUCUUGGGAGGAAGACAUUUACUGGACCCAUUUUCAAUUCAUCCAUUUCACUCAAUUUCUUCGCAAUGAUUUUGAUCAACAACUUGCACUUCCCAAAACGUUUUCAAACAAUGUCAAAAAGAAGUUGCCAGAAAAUGCGGUCCUAAAAGGUCCUAGUGGAGUUGUGUGGGAUAUUGAGCUGACAACUAGAGACGGUAUUGUGUAUUUCAUGAACGGUUGGCAACAAUUUGUGAAAGAUCAUUCUUUGAAAGAGAAUGAUUUCCUUGUGUUUAAGUACAAUGGAGAGUCAUUGUUUGAGGUUUUAAUCUUUGACGGGGAGAGUUUCUGUGAGAAGGCAGCUUCUUAUUUUGUUCGAAAAUGUGGGCGUGCUGCUGCCAAUACCGAACAAGAGACUGCCAAUACCGAACAAGGGGUUGGAUGUUCUAGCAAGAAAAAGGACACAGAUAAUUCUGUUGAAGAAGUCAAUACUCCUUCGAAUGGUGUUGAUGAAGGUGUUUCACCUGAAAAAUCUUCACAUCUAAACAGUAUAAGAGUGCCAUUUGCUGUACCUGUUGAAACUACCAACGGAAAGACUUCUAAUGGUGGUGUUGAAUCUGCCUCCCCUGAGCAAUUCAUAGCCGAUGCGAUCACCGAGACCGAGCCUGCAGAUGCUGCCACUCAGAAAACUAGUAAACGGACAAGGAGGCCUGUUUAUACGUCUGCCCCGAGUAAGAAGAGAGGAAGACCACCAGGAAGACCUCCAAAAACAUCUAAUCCUGAUGAGAGAGCUCUUAAUUGGGUCACCGAUGCUGAGAUUUCUCCUAAGGGUUCUCCCAAGGGUUCUCCAAAGGGUAGAUCUGCGACACAGGAACUAUAUACCUCAAAUAGAAGGCCUGUCACAAAAACUGAGAUUGAAAAUACUCUUCAGUUGGCCCAGGCAGCAUGUACUGACGAAUCCUUGCUUGUAACUAUGCGACCUUCACAUGUAUACAAGAGAUUCUUCUUGUCAUUCCCAAAUAAGUGGAUACUAAACCAUCUUUCUCCAUCAUCUCAAGACGUGAUAUUGCGCAUGGGUAAGAAUGAAUGGCUUGGGAGAUACUUGUAUCAUAAUAUUCGUAACAAUGGAGGACUUACUGGUGGGUGGAAAUAUUUUGCCCUCGACAAUAACCUUGAAGAGUUCGAUGUGUGCUUGUUUAAACCAGCUGGUCAUAUGCAUGACUUAUUGAUCUUAGAAAUGAGCAUUUUUAGAGUCGUUGAGGAGAUUACUCCUCUUUCUGCGGUGCAUUCUCCAGGAAAGAAGAGGGGAGUUAAGAGAACCCCGCCUGGUGCUACCCAAAAGGAACAUGAGUCCAUUGAAGGAAAGAAGAGGGGAGUGAAGAGAACACUGACCAAUGGUGUCCAAACAGAACUCGAGUCCAUUGAAGGCGCGUAACUGUGUCGUCCGAGGAAGUUACAUUAAUGGAAUUGUGCAAUAUAUGUUAACAGUUAUGUUAGGGCUGCAGACUAAGUUAUGUACUAUCGUUUAUGUUUGUACUUUUUAUGUUGUGUCGCAUUGUUUAACUUAAUCUUCGACUUCUACCUAGGUAAUUCACUGUAUGUAAACUUUCUAUUGCAGUAGCUAAACCUUUUAAGGUUCAAGUUUGAAUAGACUAUCUACCUUCAUGAA